AGGAAGGAAGGGAGGAGGGAGGGAGGGAGGAAGGAAGGGCAGCAAGAAACCACUGACUAUGAAUGGAAGGCGAGAAUCCCAGACUUGGACGCGAAGUUUAGUUCACACGCGCGGCCAAAGCAAUCCAACAGCAUGCGUCCCCACCCUCCUCUCACUGCCUACCCCUCUCCUGCAAAAGACCUCCCAGUGGCUGGAGUGCAGGCCAAGACUUUCAGACAGUUUAAACCAUUUUUUUUUUUUUUGAGACAGAGUUUCGCUCUGGAAUGCAGUGGCGCAGUCUUGGCUCACUGCAACCUCUGCCUCCCAGGUUCAAGCAAUUCUCCUGCCUCAGCCUCCUGAGUAGCUGGAAUUACAGGCGCCCACCACCACGUCCAGCUAAUUUUUGUAUUUUUAGUAGAGACAGUGUUUCACCAUGUUGGCCAGGCUGGUCUUGAAUUCCUGACCUCAAGUAAUCUGUCUGCCUCGGCCUCCCAAAGUCCUGGGAUUACAGGCAUGAGCCACCGCUCCCAGCCUCAGUUUAAAUUUCUAAUUUGGGAUAUAAUCCACAGAAUAAGCAAAAGGAAUUCCAAAAUAAAUUAAAAAUAAUUUCUCCUUGGGGUUACUGCUUUCUUUCUCCUUAGCAAGAUAAAUACAAAAUUUUGUGUUUCAGAACCUGAUCAUAAUGUGCUACGUGAAAACAAGGAUGAAAGAUUGGAGCUAUGGGUAUAGUGGGGUGAGGGCAGGGCAUGAAACAACAAAGAACUAAGUAUGUGUCUGUAUAUGGGUAUGAAAACAAAAACAACUCGCCCAGGACUGUUUUUUCUUACGACUGUUUACGGGCAUAGAGAUAAUACUAGUAGCAACUACAAAGAAAAACCGAUUAGCUUGGCUUAUAGUAAUGAGCAAUGGGAAUUUUUUUUUUUCGUUUUUUUGCUAAGACUGUAAAAGCAGAACAUAGUCUAUGAGAUAAACUGACAGCAAUGCAGCCGGGCAUGGUGGCUCACGCCUGUAAUCCCAGCACUUUGGGAGGCCGAGGUGGGUGGAUCAUGAGGUCAGGAGAUCGAGACAAUCCUGGCUAACACAGGGAAACCUCAUCUCUCUAAAAAUACAAACAAAAUUAGCUGGGCGGGGUGGCACAUGCCUGUAGUCCCAGCUCCUCAGGAGGCUGAGGCAGAAUCGCUUGAACCAGGGAGGUGGAGGUUGCAGUGAGCAGAGAUUGCACCACUGCACUCCAGCCUGGGCGACAGAGCAAGACUCUGUCUCAAAAAAAAAAAAAAAAAAAAAUUGACAGCAGUGCUAGGCCAUGCAGCAGAAGGUAACAUCAGGUCAGGUGCAGUGGCUCACACCUGUAAUCCCAGCAUUUUGGAAUGCCUAGAUGGGAGGAUUGCUUGAACCCAGGAGUCUGAGGCUGCAGUGAGCUAUGAUCACACCACUGCACUCUAGCCUGGGUAACUGAGUGAGACCCCAUCUCAGGAAAAAAAAAAAAAAAAAAAAAAAAAGAGGCCGGGCGCGGUGGCUCAGGCCUGUAAUCCCAGCACUUUGGGAGGCCGAGGCCGGCCGAUCACAAGGUCAGGAGAUCGAGACCAUCCUGGCGAACAUCGUGAAACCCCAUUCUACUAAAAAUACAAAAAAAUUAGCCGGGCGUGGUGGCGGGCACCUGUAGUCCCAGCUACUUGGGAGGCUGAGGCAGGAGAAUGGCGUGAACCCGGGAGGCGGAGCUUGCAGUGAGCGGAGAUUGCGCCAUUGCACUCCAGCCUGGGCGACAGAGCAAGACUUCGUCUCCAAAAAAAAAAAAAAAAAACCAUCAACAACAACAAAAAAAGAAGGUAACAUCAGCAAGCUACAGAGAUGAGUAAAACAGGAGUUCUUGGAUUAAUCUCUAUUAAUCUCUAAGGGGAAUUGUUUGUGACACUGUGGCCCCAUUAAAGCACAAAUAAUCUGGAUUCAUGUUAUAGAUUUAAACAUCAUAAGACCUACACAUUGGAGAGUGUAACUGCUGGAUUAGUUCUAACUGGUUCUACUCCGCUAAUAAUGGAGUAUCAAGUUAUUUUACAGGCACAGAGCCAAGAAGUUGCAAGUCAUACAGUCAGAGCAUGUGCAGAAAGGGAGACUUUAACCUCAAAUAACCCGGGAACUAAAGUCUUGCGCCUCAACAGAACCAAAAGAUUGGGACAUGGCUGGAAUUUGAGCACAGGAACACUUUCAAAAGCAACGGGUCCAAGCCCAGGAACGUCCAGUGAUAAGACCCUUUACCAUAUCUUACCCCUUUGGCCUUUCUCAUCAGGAUGAAAACGCUUCUGUUUGGUAUCUGGGCCCUGCUGGCCUUGAUCCUUUGCCCAGGGGUCCCGGAAGAGUUGUUUGAGGUUUCUAUUUGGCCAAGUCAGGCCCUGGUGGAGUUUGGACAGUCCCUAGUGGUCAACUGCAGCACUACUUGCCCAGACCCAGGACCCAGUGGAAUUGAGACCUUUUUAAAGAAAACUCAGGUGGACAAAGGGCCUCAGUGGAAAGAGUUUCUUCUGGAGGAUGUCACAGAGAAUUCCAUCCUGCAGUGCUUCUUCUCUUGUGCAGGGAUUCAAAAGGACACAAGCCUUGGCAUCACUGUGUAUCAGCCACCAGAGCAAGUGAUCCUGGAGCUGCAGCCUGCCUGGGUGGCCGUGGACGAAGCCUUCACAGUGAAGUGUCAUGUACCCAGUGUAGCACCCUUGGAGAGUCUCACCCUUGCCCUUCUCCAGGGUAACCAAGAACUGCAUAGAAAGAACUUUACGAGCUUGGCUGUGGCCUCCCAAAGAGCUGAGGUCAUCAUCAGUGUCAGAGCCCAAAAGGAGAAUGACAGAUGCAAUUUUUCCUGCCAUGCAGAACUGGACUUGAGUUUGCAAGAAUUCUCUCAGAGUCCCCACAUCUGGGUCUCUUCCCUUUUGGAGGCUGGGAUGGCGGAGACUGUGAGCUGCGAGGUGGCUAGGGUGUUUCCAGCCAAAGAAGUUAUGUUCCACAUGUUCCUGGAAGACCAAGAGCUGAGCUCCUUCCUUUCCUGGGAGGGGGACACAGCAUGGGCCAAUGCUACCAUUUGGACCAUGGAGGCUGGUGAUCAGGAACUGUCUUGCUUUGCAUCUCUGGGUCCAAUGGAACAGAAGACAAGAAAGCUAGUGCAUAGCUACAACAACCCACGGUUAGAGGAAUCCAGUUGCCCUGGCAAACAGACCUGGCUUGAAGGGAUGGAACACACGCUUGCCUGCGUCCCAAAGGGAAACCCAGCUCCAGCCUUGGUGUGUACCUGGAAUGGGGUGGUCUUUGACCUUGAAGUGCCACAGAAGGCAACCCAGAAGCACACUGGAACCUACUGCUACACAGCCACUAACCAGCUGGGCUCUGUCAGCAAAGACAUUGCUGUCAUUGUUCAAGGACUGGAUGAAGGAAUCAGCUCUACCCUCUUUGUCAUUAUUACUGUUGCCCUUGGAGUGGGUGUCAUCACCAUAGCACUGUAUUUGAGCUAUUGGCCCUGCAAAGUGGACAGGAGGAAAUUGCUCUAUAGGCAGAAAGAGGAGGACAAAGAGGAGGAAAGCCAGUUUGCUUUCAGGAAGAGAAAAGUACAACUCAUAUAAUUGACAGCUAUUUGACUGAAUGAGAGUUCUGCUACUGUGGUUUCCCAGGGAGGGAAGAAGGGAUAGAGGAGAAAGGAAGAAACACAAUGGCAGGCUGCAAUCCUAUUUGUGUACAUCUGUCCUGUAAAACAGUGUUUCAGGCCCCCAUGCCCCAUGUCCUGUGUGUCCAAUAUGUCCACAAGCUCACUUUUCUCUCUCUGUCUCUUUUUUUUUUUUUUUUUUUGAGAUGGAGUCUCGCUGUUGUUGCCUAGGCUGGAGUGCAAUGAUGCGAUCUUGGCUCACUGCAACUUCAGCUUCCUGGGUUCAGGCGAUUCUCCUGCCUCAGCCUCCCCAGUAGCUGGGAUUACAGGUGCACACCACAACUCCUGUCUAAUUUUUGUAUUUUUCGUAGAGAUGGGGUUUCACCAUGUUCAGCAGGCUGGUCUCAAACUCCUGACCUCAAGUGAUCCGCCCACCUUGGCCUCCCAAAAUGCUGGGAUUACAGGUGUGAGCCACUGCACCCAGCCACCUUUCUCUUUAGAGCUCACUCUAGUCAUUAAGAAUCUCAGUCUCAAUGUUUGAUUUGUAAGAAGGCCUCUUGCUCCUUGCCAGGUGCUUCAUCAGUCCACUCUUAGAUACAAAAAAAAGAUCCUGCUGUUUCUUUAUGGUUCCCACUGCCCUUUUCUCUUAAACAUCAUACUAAAGUCAGGCACAUCUUAGAAAUGCAACUCAUAUUUCUUGGUUUUCUGAUUACUAACUGGGAACUAAAUUUGUAGUCCAGGGACAGGACUUUGAAGAGAGUAAGUAUCAAAUAUGGGGCUAGGAAUCAGAGCUCUGUUCCCAUCUCCACUUUCCCUUGCUCCCCUGACCUGGGCUUCUGGAGUGCCAGCUCCCAGAGCUGAGCUUGUUGACAUCAUUAAGGAUCAGUGGCAAGCUUCAACUCAGUAACCAUCUGUUGUGGGUCUUGGGGGAGUAUACAGAUGGUAAGAAAUUCCACUUCGGGCCAGACAAGCAUCCUAUCUAGCCCAGUGUUCUAUCUCUGAAGUAGAAGGUAGAGUUCUUCCAUGAAAUUGGCCUCAUAGGUUAAGAGCUCCAAACAUCUCUGAAUUCCUUUUCAUAGAGUGAUCAACUGUGAGUUCGCAUUUGUCAGUUUUUUUUUUACCCAUGUGGGUGUCUAGGUUAGAGUUGCAAUGUUUACUCUCCCUUUUCAUCAAUAAGGACAUAUUUUCUUCUGUCUGUAAGCAAUUUCCUUGAAGCUUCAAGAAGAAUCCUCUUGUGAAAAUGUUCAUAUGAUUUUAUGAUUCUGCUUCCUUGCCUGUCCUUGGGAAAGAGUAUAUUCACCCUCGGAGAAGGCGUGAGGAAUCACAAAACCAGAUCUUUUCUCCCAAAUCAGUCAAGAAAUGUUCACUGGAAUGUUGCUAUGGUAAAAAUAAAAGUGGUUUUAUGAUGUCCA